AACACACAAUGCGAGGAUAAAAACGUCAACUCUAUGUUGACACAACACCUCACAUUUGUCGUAACACCUGCUGACCCGCGUUAUUUCUGUCCUUGAAGAAAAACUGAAGACAUUUACGGUUACGCGUCGGGGGGCCAAUCAAAUCGCAGACGCUCACGCUCCUCGACCAAUCUUACCGCGCGUCUCAUGCGUUGCCGAUAUGGACCAAUCAGUUCGAGCGUUCGGUGCCGGCGUCAUCAAAACACUCUUUCAGCUGUUUGAACAUUGAAGUGUCACCACGAGUGCGCCUUUACAUGGGAAAAACUCAUUCAUUUAAAUCAUCAAACGAAAAUGGCGCUGAUGGGUGUUCAGUUGGUGGUGAGCUUGCUGGCGGUCAGCAUUAUGCAAAGGAUGGCCCCCCAUCUCUCCUUUGCACGCUGGCUUUUAUGUAACGGCAGUCUUUUCAAGUUCAAACAUCCGUCUGAGGGUGAGCUGUGUGCUCUUGCAGGAAAGCAAAUUCCAAAGACGGGAAGGCGAGACAGGAGACAAAAUGGACAAGGAGAACCCAAGCCGCUCACGGUUCCGAAAGACAUCGAUCUUCAUUUGGAAAGUGCUCCUGUUGGUGUCAUGGAUGCUCUUGUUCUACGGUUCUUUGUGGAGUAUCAGUGGCUCAUUGACUUUGCCGUGUAUGCCACGGGGAUCUACCUUUUCACCGAAGGCUAUUUCAGCGUGGUGGACGGCAGCAAGGAGGUCAAUAUCGCUGCCAUCUGGUGUGUGCUGACUGUUUUCUUCUGCCUGAGGACCCUGUAUGUUCUCACGAGCCACUACUUCAGUUCUGAUGAGGGGGGCGAGCGUUCGGUGUGUCUGGCUUUUGGCUUCUUAUCGCUGCUUGUGGCCAUGCUGGUUCUUGUAGUGAGAGAAGACUAUCUGGAGUUUGGUCUCGAGCCCGGUUUUACAAAUGUCUUUGACAAUUUUGAAGUCUUCGCCAAACAGCACGGCUACGAGUGGUCAAUUCCAUUCACCAAGCUGUCCGUAAAAUUGGGUCUGGCUGUUAUUUGCGCCCUCAUUGGAGCUCUCCUCGCUUUCCCCGGACUUCGAUUGGCCCAAACUCACCUGGACGCAGUUCAGAUGAAUGCAGACCGUCCAAUCAUUCAAAUCCUGUUACAAAUUAGUUUUCUGUCUCCACUGGUGGUUGUUGUAAUGUGGAUCAAACCUAUUGCUCGAGACUUCCUUGGCAACGCCCCCAUGGGAAAGACCUCAAUCACCCUGCUGUCCAGUUCAGCUUUUAACUCUGUGCGUCUGUGGACGAUUGUGGUUCUCUGUGUUCUGCGGCUUAUGCUCACGCGGUACCACCUGCAGGCCUACCUAAAUCUGUCUCAGAAGUGGGUGGAGCAUAUGAAGAAAGAGGCGGGGCGUAUCGCUGCCAUUGACAUCCAGAGAAAGGUGACACGAGUUUUCUGCUACCUGACAGUGGUCACCCUACAGUAUCUUUUGCCCAUUCUGCUUAUACUUUUCUCAACCUUGGCGCUCAAAUCUUUAGGUGACUUCUCAUGGGGGCUCGGAGCAGAGACCCCAGGUGUGACCCCCGUUCCAAUCCUUCCCGUCACGCCUUCGCCGGCCCCCAGACUCGAAGACGACGAGGACAUGGAAGACAUGGAGGAAGACAUCCAAGCCACCGUCGCCCACCUGACCGAAUUAUUCGUUGCCUUACGCGGGGUCUUCACACCCCUCUUCUUCAAGGGCAUUUUCGCCUUCCUCACUUGGUGGGUUGCGGCCUGUCAACUCAUCAGCAGCUUGUUCGGCAUCUACUUCCAUCAGUAUCUAAUGCACAAUUGAAAAGUGUCCUGAAAUGAAUAUUCUAUGCACUAAGUCCAGUUUGUGAAAUAUAGAAGUACUGCAGCAUCACAGCAUCAUCAUGAACUGCCUUGCAACACCAUUUGGUGCCAUGAGAACAAAUAUUCAUGCCUGAAUCAUCAAAACCUAUACAGUACUUUGUAAUCUUUAUUGUUAUGAUUUGGCACAUUGCUGGUACACAAGGGGGAAAUAUUUACUUGGUACAAUCAAAGCAAAGAUGCUAGUUGUAGAUACGCUGUUUCUAACAUUUUUGUUACUAUAACAUUUGAAACUGAUCUAAACCGAUCCACAAUUGGUCAAUAUGCCUCAUUUGCAUAAUCACAGUAGUAUCCAACUAUGGCAAUCUUUGCAUCAUGAUGCAGUUCUGAGGACCUGUGAACUCAGGGAUGCGUAAUAGUGUUUCUUUCACCAGCAAGUGCAAAAUUCUUGAGCGCUGCAGUCAAACAAAUGAAGAUUUAAGUUCAUUUUGUAUGUUGCCUUACUGUGUAUUUUAAAUACCGCUUUCGCUAUAUAGCCGAUGACUUUUGCGGUGCUUGACAUUUUUCUUUGUGUUUCAUUUUUGUUUCAUUUGUUCUGUUCACUACAUUAGCUGCCAAACUACUGUCCGAGGAAGUCAUCAGGGAUUUAAUUUAGUUUCGAAUUGCAGUCUUAAAACAAGCUUAACAAUGUUUUACUGACUAUGUUCAGAUUUAUUUAUUCAUUUACUAGUGUCAAUCAACAUUUCAUUUGAUUACUAAUAAUAAAUUAUUUUAAAAAAGGAA